UGGCGCUAUUCGGGGCAGAGGAUAAAGCUACUAUCAACGCCUUAAAGCUCUCCAUUUCACUCUGUUUGGAUACCGAGAAAAUUGAAAAGGAAAAUGGCGCAGACCCUGGCGAUGCCCGUUGCACCUUCUGUCUCCUUUGUAUGCAACAAAAUAAGCUCCAUGUCUCUCUACAACACUGCUUCCCUCCCUGUUUCAAACCCUCCGAAGCAGCGUAGUCUAAGCAUUGUAUGUGUUCGUGUUGGUGGAGUGGAGAUUCCGAACAACAAGAGAGUGGAAUUCUCUCUGCAGUACAUCCAUGGAAUUGGUCGCACAAGGGCUCGUAAAAUCCUCUGUGAUCUCGAAAUGGAGAACAAAAUCACCAAAGAGUUGUCCGAGGAUGAACUCAUUACACUUCGUGAUGAAGUCUCCAAGUAUAUGAUUGAAGGGGACUUGAGGCGGUUCAAUGCUCUUAACAUAAGGCGAUUGAAAGAGAUUCAAUGCUACCGAGGGAUUCGUCAUAUUCAGGGAUUGCCUUGUAGAGGGCAGCACACGAAGAACAACUGUCGGACUUUGAAGGGUAAGAGGGUUGCUAUUGCUGGUAAGAAGAAAGCUCCUCGUUAGUCUCGUAACUGCUUUUGUUUCAAUGAAGUGAUCUUGUGUUGAAUUUUAAGUUUGUUUCAAAAUGAAUACAUUGUAGAUUUAUAGUACAAUAUGAUUCGAUUCGGUAUUGAAAUUGGAUUUGCUAUCUCCAUAAGGCAUAAUUAGUGCAAGCAGUUUUCAAUUUUAUGUUCCUGCUUUCAUGG